GUCCUCUGUCUGCACGUUUCCGAAGUCUCUCGGAGAUUCACCGAACAUAGACCCAUCCCUUCCCGAAUCCCAUGCCCCCCCUCCACAACGACUCUCCUUUCGACUCGGAGGAGGAACCCGGCAGCCGCCCAGCUGUGCAUUUGUAGCUAUUACCCAAGAUGGAGGUUUGCUGAUGGCAGUAGCAUCUAGGAGCGAUCCUGCCCGCCCCUGUGUCUUGGCCGACGCUUUCCGAAAGCGAACAGAUUUUUUAUAUUGAUAACGUUGGCAGGAAUUACCCCAGCGCAUCGGGAAUUUAGUUGGGCCACCAUCAUGAGCUCUGGCGACGGAGCGGAGGAGACGUCAAAGGACGCGGCCGAUAUAGCGGCGUUCUUUAAAUCUGCGUGAGAGACUGAGCCAGAGCUCACAUCAUCCCCAAGCCCACACCAAUUAACAAUCACGCCAGAGAAGUUAGUGAAGGAGAAAGAAAGAGUGAAAGUGGGACGACCUCCUUUUGAACACAUGGAGGGGCGAGAGAAAGAUGGUUCCCUCCCAAAAGAGCCCAAAGGAGACUUGUCCAGUCAGCUACCAGGUUUUCGUAAAAAUGAAGACAUGAGAGCGAUGGAGGUGUUGCCUAUUCUAAAGGAAAAAGUUGCCUUCUUAUCAGGGGGCAGAGACAGACGCGGUGGUCCAGUGUUAACGUUUCCAUCACGCAGUAAUCACGACAGAAUACGAGCUGACGACCUCCGAACUCUCAUAGCAUACCUUGCCGGCAUCCCCAAUGAGGAGGUGAUCCAGCAUGGCUUCACAGUCAUAGUGGACAUGCGAGGCAGUAAAUGGGACAGUAUCAAAUCUCUACUGAAGAUCCUCCAGGAGUCGUUCCCCUGCUGUAUACACAUAGCGCUCAUCAUCAAACCAGACAACUUCUGGCAGAAACAACGCACCAACUUCGGCAGCUCCAAGUUUGAAUUUGAGACCACCAUGGUGUCGUUGGAGGGUCUAUCUAAGGUGGUUGACCCCUCCCAGCUGACCUCUGACUUCGAGGGAAGUCUAGAAUACAACCAUGACGAGUGGAUCGAGGUGCGGGUUGCGUUUGAGGAGUUUACGGGGCACGCGGGUCACAUGUUGUCGAGGCUGGAGGAGAUGCAGGAGGUGGUGGCGAGGAAAGACUUCCCCACGGACCUGGACGGGGCGCGGCGCAUGAUAGAGGAACACGCCACGCUGAAGAAGAAGGUCAUCAAAGCUCCUAUAGAGGAACUGGAUACGGAGGGACAGAGGUUGCUGCAGCGUAUCCAGAGCAGUGAGUCGUACAGGAACUCUAACGCCAGCGGUGUGUGUAACGCUGACACCCAGGGGCUGGUGCCACGCGUCGCCACCCUGCUGGACAAACUCCACAGCACACGACAACAGCUCCACCAGGCCUGGCACAUCAGGAAACUCCAGCUGGACCAGUGUUUCCAGCUCCGCCUCUUCGAACAGGAUGCUGAGAAGAUGUUUGAUUGGAUAAUGGCCAACAAGGGUCUGUUCCUGGCCGGCUACACCGAGAUCGGCAACAACCACCCACACGCCAUGGAGCUACAGACGCAGCACAACCACUUUGCUAUGAACUGCAUGAACGUGUAUGUGAACAUCAACAGGAUAAUGGCAGUGGGUAACAGGCUAUUGGAGUCUGGUCACUAUGCCUCGGUGCAGAUUAAACAGAUCUCAGGUCAGCUGGAAGCGGAGUGGAAAGCCUUCGCUGCGGCCCUGGACGAACGCAGCACACUGCUGGAGAUGUCUGCCGCCUUCCACCAGAAAUGUGACCAGUACAUGGGUAAUGUGGACUCGUGGUGUAAAGCGUGUGGAGAGGUGGAUCUACCCUCGGAGCUCCAGGACCUAGAGGAUGCUAUCCACCACCACCAGGGCCUCUACGAACACAUCACUGCUGCCUACUCAGAGGUCAGUCAGGACGGUAAGGCCCUAUUGGAUAAGCUCCAGCGCCCUCUGACCCCGGGGGGGGCUGAUUCGCUAACGGCCUCGGCCAACUACAGCAAGGCGGUGCACCAUGUGCUGGAUGUGAUACACGAGGUGCUGCACCACCAGAGACAACUGGAGAAUAUCUGGCAACACCGCAAAGUCCGCCUGCACCAGAGGCUCCAGCUGUGUGUGUUCCAGCAAGACGUACAGCAGGUUCUGGACUGGAUAGAGAACCACGGGGAGGCGUUCCUCAGUAAACACACAGGCGUUGGGAAGUCCCUCCAUCGAGCCAGAGCGCUACAGAAACGACACGAGGACUUCGAGGAGGUCGCCCAGAACACCUAUACUAACGCUGACAAGCUGCUGGAGGCAGCAGAGCAGCUGGCCCAGACAGGAGAGUGUGACCCAGAGGAGAUCUACCAGGCAGCCCACCAGCUGGAGGACCGGAUCCAGGACUUUGUCAGGAGGGUGGAGCAACGCAAAGUCCUGCUGGACAUGUCUGUCGCCUUCCACACACAUGUCAAAGAGCUGUGGACGUGGCUGGAGGAGCUGCAGAAGGAGCUGUUAGAUGAUGUGUAUGCUGAGUCUGUGGAGGCGGUGCAGGAUCUGAUCAAACGCUUCAGCCAGCAGCAGCUGACCAUCCUGCAGGUCACUGUCAAUGUCAUCAAGGAGGGAGAGGACCUCAUCCAGCAGCUCAGGGACUCUGCUAUCUCCAGUAACAAGACUCCCCACAACAGCUCCAUCAACCACAUAGAGAGUGUGUUACUGCAGCUGGACGAGGCCCAGGCUCAGAUGGAGGAGCUGUUUCAGGAGAGGAAGAUCAAACUAGAACUCUUCCUACAACUACGCAUCUUUGAAAGGGACGCCAUCGAUAUCAUCUCAGACCUGGAGUCGUGGAACGAGGAGUUGACUGUUCAGAUGAGUGAGUUUGAUACAGAGGACCUGACCCUGGCAGAACAGAGACUCCAGCACCACGCUGACAAGGCCCUGACCAUGAACAACCUGACCUUUGAUGUCAUCCACCAGGGACAGGAACUGCUGCAGUACGUCAACGAAGUACAGGCCUCUGGUGUAGAGUUGCUGUGUGACAGGGAUGUGGACAUGGCUACUCGUGUUCAGGACCUGCUGGAGUUCCUCCAUGAGAAGCAGCAGGAGUUGGACGUAGCAGGCGAACAACACAGGAGACACCUGGAGCAGUGUGUACAGCUGAGACACCUACAGGCCGAAGUCAAACAGGUCCUGGGCUGGAUCCGUAAUGGGGAGUCUAUGCUGAAUGCUGGUCUGAUCACAGCCAGUUCUCUACAGGAAGCAGAACAGCUACAGAGAGAACACGAACAGUUCCAGCAUGCCAUCGAGAAAACCCACCAGAGUGCUCUGCAGGUGCAGCAGAAGGCUGAGGUGUUACUCCAGGCCAACCACUAUGACAUGGACCUGAUCAGAGACUGUGCUGAGAGUGUAGCGUCCCACUGGCAGCAGCUCAUGUUGAAGAUGGAGGACAGGCUGAAACUGGUCAACGCCUCUGUAGCCUUCUACAAGACCUCUGAACAGGUGUGCAGUGUGUUGGAGAGCCUGGAGCAGGAGUAUAAGAGGGAAGAGGACUGGUGUGGGGGGGCUGAUAAACUGGGUCCUAACUGUGAGUCAGACCACGUCACCCCCAUGAUCAGCAAACACCUGGAACAGAAAGAGGCCUUCCUCAAGGCAUGUACCCUGGCCAGACGUAAUGCUGAUGUGUUCCUGAAGUACAUGCACAGGAACAGUGUUAACAUGCCUGGGAUGCUCAGCCAUGUCAAAGCACCGGAACAACAGGUCAAGAACAUCCUGAAUGAGUUGUUACAGAGAGAGAACCGUGUUCUCCACUUCUGGACCAUGAGGAGACGACGGCUGGACCAGUGUCAGCAAUACGUGGUGUUUGAACGCAGUGCCAAACAGGCUCUAGAGUGGAUCCACGACACGGGAGAGUUCUACCUGUCAACACACACCUCCACCGGCUCCAGUAUCCACCACACACAGGAGCUGCUGAAGGAGCACGAAGACUUCCACAUCACAGCCAGGCAAACAAAAGAGCGUGUGAAGCUGCUGAUCCAGCUAGCAGAUGGUUUCUGUGAUAAGGGCCAUAGUCACGCUGUGGAGAUAAAGAAGUGGGUGACGGUGGUGGACAAACACUACAGAGACUUCUCCCUGCGUAUGGACAAGUACCGGACCAGUCUGGAGAAGGCACUGGGCAUCUCAUCUGACUCUAACUCCAAGGCUAGUAAGGAUCUUCAGUUGGACAUGAUCCCGGCCACACCUCAAGGGUCAGAGGUCAAGCUGAGAGAUGCGGCUCACGAUCUCAACGAGGAGAAACGCAAGUCCGCUCGUAGGAAGGAGUUUAUCAUGGCUGAACUGAUUCAGACAGAGAAGACCUAUGUCAGAGACCUAAGGGAGUGUACGGAUACGUACCUGUGGGAGAUGACCAGUGGGGUAGAGGAGAUCCCUCCUGGCAUCGUCAACAAGGAACACAUCAUCUUUGGGAACAUGGUGGACCUCUAUGAGUUCCAUCACAAUAUCUUCCUCAAAGAGCUGGAGAAAUAUGAACAGCUACCAGAAGAUGUGGGCCACUGCUUCGUCACCUGGGCUGAUAAGUUCCAGAUGUAUGUGAACUACUGUAAGAACAAACCAGACUCCACCCAGCUCAUCCUAGAGCACGCCGGUCCCUACUUUGACGAGAUCCAGCAGCGGCACCGAUUAGCAAACUCCAUCUCCUCCUACCUGAUCAAGCCUGUUCAGCGAAUCACCAAAUACCAGCUCCUGCUCAAGGAGCUGCUGACGUGCUGCGAGGAGGGGAAAGGAGAGAUUAAGGAUGGACUGGAGGUCAUGCUCAGUGUCCCCAAGAGAGCCAACGACGCCAUGCACCUCUCAAUGCUGGAGGGUUUCGAUGAGAACAUUGAAUCUCAGGGAGAGCUGAUCCUGCAGGAGUCAUGCCAGGUAUGGGAUCCUAAGACUCUGAUCCGUAAGGGUCGCGAACGGCACCUCUUCCUCUUCGAGAUGUCCCUCGUCUUCAGCAAGGAGGUCAAGGACUCCAACGGACGGAGCAAGUACAUGUACAAGAGCAAACUCUACACGUCAGAGUUGGGGGUAACAGAGCACGUUGAGGGAGACCCCUGUAAGUUUGCUCUGUGGGUGGGACGCACCCCAACCUCCGACAACAAGAUUGUACUCAAGCCAAGUCAGGGAUGCAAACAUGGAUCGAUGGCGUCGAGCAUUGAGAACAAGCAGGAUUGGAUCAAACACGUCAGGGAGGUGAUCCAGGAGCGAACCAUCCACCUGAGAGGAGCUCUGAAGGAACCCAUACACAUCCCUAAGUCUGCCACCGCCAAGCACCACAAGGGACACCGCAGGUACAGGGAUGGAGAGGACUUGGACAGCCAGGGUGAUGGCAGCAGCCAACCAGACACCAUCUCUAUCGCUUCACGCACCUCACAGAACACACUGGACAGCGACAAGCUGUCUGGUGGCUGUGAGCUGACCGUGGUGAUCCAUGACUUCAUGGCUGGUAACAGCAACGAGCUGACCGUCCGGAGAGGCCAGACUGUAGAGGUUCUGGAGAGGUGCCAUGACAAGCCUGACUGGUGUCUGGUGAGAACCACGGACCGCUCCCCUGCCCACGAGGGACUGGUACCCUGCGCCAUGCUCUGCAUCGCCCACUCACGCUCCUCCAUGGAGAUGGAGGGGAUAUUCAACCAUAAAGACACUCUAUCAGUCUGUAGUAAUGACUCCAUCAUGCCAGGCUCCUCUGCCACUCUGCAGCCUGGGCAUCAUGGCAUGGGCUCACAUACCUCGCCAGGGCCCAAACGACCUGGUAACACCCUGCGUAAGUGGCUGACCAGCCCAGUGCGUCGCCUGAGCAGUGGCAAGGCAGACGGGCACGUCAAAAAGCUGGCGCACAAACAGAAGAAGAACCGCGAGGUGAGGAAGAGUGGUGAGAUGACGGGCAGCGCCCAGAAAGACUCUGAUGACAGCGCCGCUACACCCCAGGAUGAGACUGUGGAGGAGAGGGUGCGUAACGAGGGGCUCUCCAGUGGGACCCUGUCCAAGUCCUCGUCCUCUGGGAUGCAGAGCUGUGGAGAGGAGGAAGGCGAGGAGGGUCCUGACUCUGUACCCCUACCGCCCCCCAUGGCCAUCCAGCAGCACAGCCUACUGCAGCCUGACACACAGGAUGACAAGAGCUCCUCUCGUCUGUCAGUCCGUCCGUCCAGUUCUGAGACACCCAGUGCAGCAGAGCUGGUGAGCGCCAUCGAAGAACUGGUCAAGAGCAAGAUGGCUUUAGAGGACCGGCCCAGCUCUCUCUCAGUAGAACAGAGGGAUAGCAGCUCUCCCUCCUUCAACCCCUCCGACAACUCCCUUCUUUCAUCCUCCUCUCCCAUCGAUGAGAUGGAGGAGCGCAAGACUGGAUUCCUCAAGAGACGACAUUAUGUGUUGUUGGAGCUGGUGGAGACUGAGAGGGACUACGUCAGAGACCUGGGCGUGGUGGUGGGGGGCUAUAUGACGCGGAUGAAGGAGGAAGGGGUACCAGAUGAUAUGAAGGGGAAAGACAAGAUCGUCUUUGGAAACAUCCACCAGAUUUACGACUGGCACAGAGAUUUCUUCAUGGGAGAGUUAGAGAAGUGUCUGGAAGACCCUGACCGACUUGGACCGCUGUUUGUCAAACAUGAGCGGAGGCUCCACAUGUACGUAGUGUACUGUCAGAACAAGCCUAAGUCAGAGCUCAUCGUAUCAGAGUACAUCGACACCUACUUCGAAGACCUGAAACAACGUCUCGGUCAGCGUCUCCAGAUCACUGACCUCCUCAUCAAACCCGUCCAGAGAAUCAUGAAGUACCAACUACUGCUCAAGGACUUCCUCAAAUUCUCUAAAAAGGCGGGGUUGGAUUCAGUUGAGUUGGAGAAAGGAGUGGAGACCAUGUGCAUCUUACCAAAGAGAUGCAACGAUAUGAUGAACGUGGGGCGGCUCCAAGGAUUUGACGGUAAGAUUGUGGCCCAAGGUCGUCUGCUGCUUCAGGAUACCUUCAUGGUAUCAGACCCCGGGGAGGGAGUAGGAAGGAUGAGGGAGAGAAGGGUCUUCCUCUUCGAACAGGUCGUCAUCUUCAGUGAACCACUGGACAAGAAGAGAGGAUUCUCCAUGCCUGGCUUCCUAUAUAAGAAGAGCAUCAAGGUCAGUUGUCUCGGGUUGGAGGACAGUGUGGACGGUGACCCCUGUAAGUUUGUGUUGACGUCUCGCGUGACCAAUAGCAGCAUAGAAUCCUUUGUCCUCCACUCCUCCCACCUGGGUGUCCGGCAGGUCUGGACCCUUCAGAUCAGCCAGAUCCUGGAGAGCCAACGCAACUUCCUCAAUGCUCUGACCUCCCCUACAGAGUACCAGAGGAACCAUGUAGGGGCUAGCGACGGACCAUGUCUACCCAGCGGCGGAGCUCCGUCAGUGGGGAGCGUCAUGCCCAGUUUGGCCCCUGUUGGAGCUCUACAGGGUGUGCAUCUAUCUGGGCCGCUCGGUGGAAGUGGGCCCCUCGCUGUUGGUAGUCCCCUUGUUGGAGGUGCUCCCCAGGGUGGAGCUGGCUCAUCCAGGAGGCCCUCCAGGAUCCCCCAGCCCUCCCGCCUGCCCCAGCCCUUACGACACCCACACAACCCUGGGGCCACAGACUCACAUGGCCCCAACAAGAUGUCAGGUUCUUCCCCUCGUCUCCCCCCUCCUCCCUCGCUCCCUCCCUCUGUCCCAGUGGACCCGCAGGACCUGGCUCCAGCAGGGGGGGUGAGGGAGACCAGGGAGGCCCAUCAUGGGGUGAGACUCCAGGGGGGAAGCCCCCAGGGCAAGCGCCCCAUCUUGGCCUCAAACGACCAGCCCCAUUCUGUCUCCCCUAUCCCCCGGGCCAGUGUGGCCCCCCUCCCUGUACCUGUGGUUCUCUCCACCCCCACCAAGCCUCGGCCGGGCACCAUCUCCCCCAUGGCCUCCCCCAUGGCCACCCCAGCCUUCGGGAAGGAUGCGCUCCCCCCUCCCCCCCCCAGCCCUGGCCUGAAGUCUGGCUCUGGUUCCUUCUGGAGCUCUAUGCCUGGUUCUCCAGCCAGCCGGCCUGGCUCCUUCACCUUCCCAGGCGAGGCAGUGGAUACCCUGGGGAGGCAGAACCAAAACACGGGCCAGAUCUCAUCUCAGUCAGGGACCGGGUCCCACAGACACUCUACCCACAGCAAGGAGGCGGACCGCAUGAGUACGUGCUCAUCGACCAGUGAGCAGUCCAUCCAGUCCACCCAGAGCAAUGGGAGUGAAAGCAGCAGCAGCAGUAGUAUGUCGACCAUGUUGGUGACCCAGGACUACGUGGCCCUGAAGGAAGAUGAGAUCAGUGUGUCCCAGGGAGAGGUGGUUCAGAUCCUGGCCUCGAACCAACAGAACAUGUUCCUGGUGUUCCGGGCCGCUACCGAACAGGGCCCUGCUGCCGAGGGCUGGAUCCCCGGUUUCGUUCUUGGACACACCUCCGCCAUCAUCCCCGACUGCCCAGACGGAACCAUCAAGAAGUCCUCAUCCUGGCACACCACCCUGCGCAUCCGCAAGAAGUCUGAGAGGAAAGAGGAGGGAAAGAAAGAGGGCAAGCUGGAAAACGGUUACAGGAAGUCUAGAGAUGGGCUAUCCAAUAAGGUUUCUGUAAAGCUUCUAAACCCCAACUACAUCUAUGAUGUCUCACCGGAGUUCCUGGUCCCCCUGGGUGAGGUGACGUGUGACAACGGGGAGACUGUGACUCUGAGGUGUAAGGUGUGUGGCCGACCCAAAGCUACUGUCACCUGGAGGGGACCUGACCAGACCAUCCUGAACAACAACGGACACCACAGCAUCGCCUACAGUGAGACUGGUGAGGCGACCCUGAGGAUAGUAGGCGUGUCUUCGGAGGACGACGGUGUUUACACCUGCGUUGCCGCUAACGACCUGGGCUCUGUGACAUCAUCAGCCAGCCUCAGAGUGCUAGUUGUGUCCAAUGAUGGGGUCAGGGUGAGCUGGAAGGACAACUUUGAGUCCCACUACACUGAGGUGGCAGAGCUGGGCAGAGGCCGGUUUUCUGUGGUCAAGCGUUGCGAACACAAGUCGACCAAAUGCACGGUGGCGGUCAAGCUGGUCAAUAAGAAGCUGAUGAAAAGAGACCAGGUGACCCAGGAGCUCAGCCUGUUACAGCGACUACAACACACACACCUGGUCACACUGCUGGACACGUACGAGACCCCCAGCAGCUACGCACUGGUCAUGGAGAUGGUUGAUCAGGGUCGUCUCCUAGACUACAUUGUGAGCUGGGGGAAUCUGACUGAGGAGAAAGUGGCCGGCUACCUACGGAACAUCCUAGAAGCUUUACAUUACCUACACAACUGUAGGAUAGCCCAUCUGGACUUAAAGCCUGAGAACCUGUUGGUGUCCCACACCUCGUCCGGCCAGCCCGUGGUCAAACUGACCGACUUCGGGGACGCCAUCCAGCUCAACAGUGCCCACUACGUCCACCCUCUCCUGGGCAGCCCCGAGUUCGCCUCCCCUGAGCUGGUCGUGGGGGAGCCCGCCGCCCUGACCUCUGACCUCUGGAGCCUUGGGGUUGUGACCUACGUCCUCCUGAGUGGGGCAUCUCCCUUCCUGGACGAGAGCGUGGAGGAGACGUGUCUGAACAUCUGCCGGCUAGACUUCAGCUUCCCCCACCACUACUUCCAGGGCGUCACCCAGGGGGCCCGGGAGUUCGUCUGCCUGCUGCUGAGGGCUGACCCUGCAAGGAGGCCUCCGGCUGGGCUGUGUCUGCAGGAGUCCUGGGUUCAGGGCCAGGCCGGGUUAGCAGACGGCCAGGGUAGGGUGGAGGGGGGUUGUCUGGACACAUCUCGCCUGGUGCUGUUCAUAGACAGAAGGAAGCACCAGACAGACACCAAGCCCAUCGGAGGGGUACAGAGCUUCCUACAGAGCCGGUUACAGCCACGGGCCUGAGCGAGGGUUGGAGAGAGAUUCCCACUCCCAACCACCCUAACCCUGGCUGGAAGGAGAGAACGUCCAAUUCAGAGGAGGCUGGUGGGAGGAGCUUUCGGAAGACAGGAUCAUUAUAAUGCCUGGAAUGGAAUCAAUUCAAUGGUAAUAAACACAUCAAACACAUGGAAAUAACAUGUUUGACUCGUGUUUCAUUGAUUCCAUUUCAGACAUUACAAUGAGCCUGUCAUUCUAUGGCUCUUCCCACCAGCCUCCUCUGGUCCAGUCCCAAAUGGGGUCCUAGCUUCCCACCCACUAGUUGCUUGUGUAGAUCUUAGAGGAUUGGAUAGGUGGGAGUAAUAUUAUUUCCACCUAUCAUAUCAGAGGACAAGGUGAAGACGGUAUAGAUAUAACCAUAUUGCUUAGACCUAUCCAAUCUUUCAGAUCUACAUUAAGUGACUAGAAGGGUAGGGUCUAGAGAUUGAUUUGGGACUGGACAUCUCAAAGAAAAUUAAAGGAAAUUCGCUGAUCUCAUUCUCUUUCAGAUAUGUUGUGGUUUAAAAUAAAACAUCCUGUGGUCCUUCAACCAAUCAAAACCUGAUGCCUGUAGGCGUAGAGAUCCUUAGCCAAUCACUUUUCCCCGAGAGAACACACAUUGAGUUAUCAUCCAAUCAAAACAAGGGUGACAUAAUGUCAUCGCCAGUCUACUGCUGCUUGCUGGUUUACACUCAAAAUGAACUUGUUUUUCCUCUAUCUUACUGAGUCAAUCGAUCAACAGAAAGCCUCUUGAUCGAUCUUUAUCGUGUAGAGGAUUUUAUCCCUGAACAAACAAACUGACUUUUCAGAGGACAUUUGAUAAGGAAGAUGGUGUUAGUACACAUAGCAACUAUCCCUUCCCUCUUGUUGCCAGAGAUGGAGAAAGAGAGGUUUUGUUUUUGUGCUUUUACAAUAUAUGACUCAAAGACUGUUGGGACACCCCCUUUAUUAUAGAACCAAUGUAUAGAGAGAACAUUGUCCACAACUUUUCAAAAAUGUAUUUGAAAAAAACCAAGAAGAUUGAAGAAAAUGCUCGGCAGUGGAAAGUCGCUACGCUACUUUAGAGCCUGGAGAGGACUCAUCCAAUGACUGAGCUCCUCCACUUUAUUGAGACAGUUUUAUGUCCAAUCAGAGGUUUCCGAUUGCUGCGCUUACAUACUUAAUCUAAAAAACCAUGACGACGACCAUGUUGCAAGUAACUAUAGAGAUUCUGCUGACUGCUGCAUUGUCUUCAAAACAGAAAAUUAUUUGUUUUUGCUUUUACUUAAACAAAAAUUGUGUUGCGCAGAUUUAAGAUGUUUAAGCCUUACUUUGUAAAUAGACUCUAACUGCCUUCUGUCCCUCCCGUUUCAAACUGGCCGCUUUUGAGGAUGUUCUUGGAGGCGAGACUAAAAAAUCCUGCAAAUUAAAUGUAGUGGAUUGCCAAUUGAGCGACCGAGCCUGAGUGGCAGCAGAUAUAGCCAAUCAGAUGGAAUGUGAAUGAGGAGGAGGAGGAAGACGGAAUACUAUAAACGCACUCACUGGAUGUUAUGUUUCCCCCAUUCUUAUCAUGUGCAUUGUUGCGGUUUUAACAUUUUAUGCAACUAUUUAUGAAGACAUCUGUUGUACAUGUAAUAAAUGGAGAUAAAAACAUGUACUUGGUACUGCAAGCUCCACUGAUGGUAGUCCUCUUUAUUUGACCUAUAACCCUAUUGGGGUGUUAACUUAUCACCAUAGAAUUAGAAUCAGUAGAACAGCCCUCCCAAUUCAGGUCAAUGAAGCUAUAAUGGUUGGACUGGUGGCCAUUUUGAAUGUCUCCAUAAGACAUUAUAGGUAACCUAAUCUUCUGGUGUCGCACUCUACAUUACACUUUUGGCUAAAUUGAUGUAGUUGAUUUUUGAUUUGUUUCUUUUUUACCCGUCUCUCAGAAGAGGCCCAGUGUCCAGUCCCUGCUGUUAGGGAAGUAUAUUGAUUUAUCUGUUAGGAACAUGCAAAACUGGCUUAUUUCUUUCUAGAUGAGAGAGAGGGAUGCUGUGGGAGAGGUGAAGGGAAAGAGAGAGAGGCCCAUUGUCAGAUCACCUGUACAGUUCCAUACAAUGAAUGUCCUUUAAUUUAUUUAUUAAUCCAUUUUUGUGAAGUUGUACAAAGGUUGAAACAUGAGAAUGUGGAUUGGAUGUAUUUUGUUCCUGUUUCUUUUUUUGUCCCAUCAUCCUAUUUUAUACAUAUGUAUUAUGAUUUUAAAUGGUUAUAUUUCACAUGAUUUGUUUAUUUACUUUUGCAUGUAUAUUUCUUUGUACAGAGACCAUGAAUGUUUGUGAUAUGUAUGUCAAUAUUUUCAUAUUUUUUUUUGCCAUCAAUUAUUUUGAAAUUAAACAUGGAACAUA